AAGAUCUACUGUAUAUAUAUACCUAACCAAAUCCUUCUAUUACAAAACUCAGAUUUUGAGAUUUAGCUUUCACUAUAGAAAAAAAUAAGGAUGGGUCUCAAGGCCUCCUCUUCUCUCUUCUGUCUCGCCAUUUUACUCGGUGUCUCCUCCCUUGUGUCAGCUGUUAACAUAACCCGAGCACUAGAGAAAUACCCUGAAUUCAGCACCAUGGUCGAGUUUUUUGCCAAGACCGAGCUCACACCGAUUAUUAACAAGCGUCAGACAAUCACCGUUCUGGCUCUUAACAACGAUGCUAUCGGUUCCAUCUCUGGUAGACCCGAAGAGGAGCUCAAGAACAUUCUUAUGAACCAUGUGGUUCUUGACUAUUACGAUGAGCUCAAGCUCAAGGCUCUCAAGGACAAGAGCACAUUGCUCACCACCCUUUACCAAUCCACCGGUUUGGGCCAGCAGCAAAACGGUUUCCUCAACUGCUCCAAAACUAACGGAAAGAUUUACUUUGGUUCUGCUGUGAAAGGCUCUCCUCUAACCGCUGAGUACGUCACGACCGUGUUCCGUAACCCAUACAAUCUCUCUGUGGUCCAGAUCAGCAUGCCCAUUGUGGCUCCUGGUCUCGGGGAUCCGGUUAAGGUUCCUCCACCACCACCCAUGACUCCACCACCGGCUCCAUCUCCCAAGAAGGCUGGAGCCACUCCAGCUCCUGGACCAGCUGAGGAAGAGGAUUACGCAGACGCUCCUCCUGGUGCAGCUCCAGAAACCGCACCUGCAUCAGCUCCAUCAGAAGAUGGUUCUCCUGCUCCGGCUCCAGAGAAUGCUGGUAAGAAGAAGAUGGCAGCAGCUGAUGAUGAGGCUGAACCACCUAGUUCUGCUUCUAACACCGGUUUGAGCUUUGGUGCUGUUCUCUUUCUCGGGUUUGUGGCUACCUUUGCUGGGUUCUAAGAUGGUUUAAGACAGAGAGGGAGUGGAGGACAGUAAGCUG